AUAAAGGGAUCUGUACAGAUACUACAAAUAAACUCCUGUUCCAAAUGAUCUUCAUCAACAUAUGUAAACAAUGUCGAAUUGAGAUUGUCGGGUGAGGAUUUUUCUAUUGCAGCGCGUAUGACAUUGUGGGUGAUUUGGAACAGGAGUUUAUUUGUAGUAUCUGUACAGAUCCCUUUAUAGAUCCAGUGUCACACUCUUGUCUAAACACUUUUUGUCGUGGAUGUGUCAAACAAGUGACCACAUGCCCCCUGUGCAGAGGUUCGAUCGACACAUUACAAUCAGCACCAAAGGCAUUACAAAACAUGCUAGACCGACUAAAAAUAAAUUGUGUAGCAUGCGGUGAAGAAACUAUACGAGGGGAGUUUAUCAAUCAUCAAAAGAUUUGUCUGGAAACAAAUGGUGGUUCGUUGAAGGAAGAACCAGAGGCCAAAGACACUGGAGACGUAACCUCAAUUGAGCUAGAUCCUACUAUUGAUCGACAAGCAUUCGUGUCAAUCUUGGAAUUUUUGUAUUCGGGACUACCCGUACUUCAAAGUAACAACUUGGAAGAAGUCCUGCGAGUGGCACACUUGUUUGAUUGUCAAGAACUUGUGACUAUCGUUAAAAACAUACAAAAUGGCGAGGAAGAUUUGAAUCCGUCAAUUGGAACAUGGCUGAAUGAUACCACAGGAGAACGAAUGAAAAAAAAUUUCCUUAAUAAAUCUAAAUACUGCGAUGUGGCAUUCAAGCUGGAUAAUAAUUCAAUCGUAUAUGGUCAUAGAGCAGUAUUGGCAACUCGAUGUCAUGUGAUGAAUCGAAUGUUGAAUGGCUCCUACAAUGAAAAAACAAUUCUGGAACCUAUACACAUCACUGAUACUAGUGCUAAAUGUUUUUUAGCAUUAUUAGAAUAUUUGUACUCAGAUCAUGCACCAAUUGAAAAUUCAGAUGGUAUAGGGAUUCUGAAGUUGGCUCAUCGAUUUGGUGUAUCUCGAUUGGUAACAUUAUGCGAACUAUACGUCUCGAAAAGUGUUGAAGUAUCGAUCGAACGUGGAAUUCUAAAAUCCGCCAUGAACGUUAUUGGUCUCCUACUGGACGCUCAAAAACACAACGCCAAUCAACUGGCCGAUUUUUGUCUGCAUUUUAUUUCGCAAAACUAUGAGCCAAUGAGUAAAAGAUCCGAAUGGAAUUUGUUAACGGGCAGAAAUCUAGAGUUUAUUGAAAAACAUCGAUGGCCUCCAUUGUCUUAUCUUCAACAAAUCGGAGAAUAUGAGAAGAUGGUGGCUGGAACAGAACACAGUGAUAAAUGUAGGAUCAUGUAAAAGAUCUACAUUAUCUCUCAAAUGUAAAAUUUAAAAAUAUUCUGGGACUUUUUAUUACUAUAUAUUCCAAUAGAUCGAGCAUCUGGGUUUAAAUAAAACAAUUAAAAAUAAUUAAAUUUGUAAAACCUACAUUAUCUUCCACGCGUAUCACUGUAAAAAAUAACUAAAAGGCAAAAGGUGAAAAAAGUAGAAUAACGCAUGAUACUAGUGCUAAAUGUUUUUUAGCAUUAUUAGAAUAUUUGUACUCAGAUCAUGCACCAAUUGAAAAUUCAGAUGGUAUAGGGAUUCUGAAGUUGGCUCAUCGAUUUGGUGUAUCUCGAUU